CUUUCAUGCACACACACUUUUUCACACUGCACACAACCAACACACUGCACGCACCUGGCCAACAGAUUGACAGAAGACAGACACACCAACCCGCCAACCCGAAACAAUGGACGCACCAGGCCCUGAGAACCCCGAGGUGCUCGCCAAGUACGAGAAGGCCGGCGAGAUUGCCUCCUCUGUGAUGAGGAGCCUGCUUGCGCAGUGUUCCGCGGGCGCCAAGGUGCUUGAUCUGUGUGAGAAGGGCGACGCCAUGCUGACCAAGGAGCUUGGCUCCGUGUACACGGGGAAGGUGGACGGCAAGAACGUGCCCAAGGGCAUCUCAUUCCCCACCUGCGUCAGCGUCAACAACUGCGUCUGCCACAACUCGCCGCUCAAAAGCGACAAGGAGCAGGUCAUCGCCUCUGGCGACGUCGUCAAGAUCGAUCUUGGUGUGCACAUUGACGGGUACAUUGGCGUGUGCGCGCACACCGUUGUGGUUGGUGCUGCCAAUGCCAAGCCCGCCAAGGGCCGCAAGGCGGAUGUGGUGCUUGCCGCAUACAAGGCCGCCCACGCUGCUGCCCGCAUGGUGAAGCCGGGCGCCAAGUCGCAGGACAUUACGCGCGCCAUCGCCGUUGUUGCCGACGCCUUCAAGUGCAAACCCAUCGCAGACAUGCUGAGCUUCCAGACGCACCGCUUCCAGCUCAACACGGACAAGGCCAUCAUCCAGAACCCGACCGAAGGGUCACUGAAGAGCCACAAGGAGUGCGUCUUUGAGGAGAACGAGGUCUAUGCCAUCGACGUUCUCAUGAGCUCCGGCGAGGGCAAGGCGCGGCUUGGUGAUGCGCGCACUACGGUGUUCAAGCAGACGGACGAGCGGUACCAUCUGCGCGGAAAGCAUGCCCGCAACCUCUUCUCCGAGGUCCGCCGCAAGUUCCACAGGAUGCCAUUCUCCCUCCGCUCCUGCGAGAGCGAGAUCCGUGCGCGCAUGGGCGCCAAGGAGUGCGUUGAGCACAACUUGCUCGAGCCGUACCAUGUCCUCUUUGAGCGCGCAGGCGAGUACGUCGCGCAGUUCCGCAUGACGGUGCUGCUGCUGCCUGGCGGGAACAAGAUUGUCUCCAAGGUGGACUUUGACGCCACCGCGUUUGACUCCGAAUACGACAUGCAUGAGGACGCCCUCCUCAAGGCGCUGGACCCGAACGAGCCUGCAGAGCCCGAGGACUCUCAGGACAAGAAGUGACGCGCGCCAACACACACACACACACAUGCACGCACGCACCCACGCACGCACACACACACACACACACAUGCACGCACCCACGCACGCGC